AUGUUAAAAAUAACACCUGAUAAUUUACCAUCUUGUUGUUAUUAUACUUUAUUAAAUGGUUAUCUUGAAAUAAAUUGUCUUGAAAUAUCCGAAGAUUCAACAUUACUUGCUGUUGGUUGUAAAAAUUCAAGUAUAUAUGUAUAUUCAUUAAAUCGUCAAAAAUUAAUAACAAUGAAACUUCCUCAUGAACUUGAAAGAUUAGACAAAUCAAAUGAACAUGUUUAUGAACAAAUGAUGAGUAAUGAUGAUAAUAAAGAUGAUACAAAUACAAAUAAUGAUUCUGAUAUACUUUAUAAUCAACGUUUAUUAUGUGGUCAUGCUGGACCAAUAUAUGGUUUAUCUAUGUCACGUGAAAAAUGGUUUUUACUUUCAUGUUCGGAAGAUUGUACUAUACGUCUAUGGAGUUUAUUAACAUGGACAUGUUUAAUUACAUUUCGUGGUCAUACACAACCUGUAUUUGAUGUACAAUUUGGUCCAUUUGGUCAUUAUUUUGCAUCAUGUUCACUUGAUAAAACAGCACGUUUAUGGUGUAUUGAACAUGCUCAAACAUUACGAAUAUUUAGUGAUGGUUGUAAUGAUAUGGAAACUUUAUGUUUUCAUCCAAAUUCAAAUUAUAUAGCAACAUCAUCAUCAGAUAGAAUUCUAAAAAUAUGGGAUUUAUUAGAAAGUAAAGAAGGACAACAAAUAAAACCUAUUAGACAAAUGUCUGGACAUAAAUUAAAUGUUUGUAUAUUAAAAUUUUCUAAAGAUGGUAGAUAUUUAAUAUCAGCAGGAUAUGAUCGACAAAUUAUGAUAUGGGAUUGUAGUAAUGGUUCUUUAGUUACAUGUUUACUUGGACAUUCGGAUGCUGUUUUUUCUAUGGAUAUUUCUCGUGAUGGUUCAAUUCUAUGUACGGGUAGUGCUGAUUUUUCUAUACGAAUUUGGAAUUUUGGACAGUUAAUUAAAGAUAAAGAUGAUGGAAAAUUGGAUACUGUUCAACGUGUAACACCAUCAGCUAAAUAUGAACUUGUUACUUAUCAUACAAAACGAACAUCUACAACAUUAAUACAUUUUACUCGUCGUAAUUUAUUACUAGGUUUUGGUGUAUUUAUCCCACCAAAUGAAUCAACAACUAAAACAAAAACUUAA